ACUUCUUUAUCUCCAGUUUGAUGACAGAGUAAAACAGCUUUUGCAAAUUGAUGAUGAGAAUUUUCUUACUUUGUACGAAAAACUGAACCAUGAUUUUGAAUCUUACCAAGAAACACUCUGUUUCACUCAGACAUCAAUUGAGGGUCUGAUAGAGGGUGAAACAGAUGAAAGCGAGAUUGUUCCUGAGACUGAUGAUGAAGAUGUGAGUAGUUAUGCCACAGAGGAUAGAAGCCUUCAGCACGUAGCAAAUCCUAUUCUGCAUAAUUUAUGUCCAACAGAUAACUCGUCUGUGGUAUAUGAAAAUUUAUUACCAUCGACCUGUGAAGACACUCCAUCUGUUGAUAUUUGGUGUGAACAGAACUCUUUGUCUUCAUCCAGAAAAAAUAAUCAACCUCUUGAUGUGCAGUUUAAUCAAAGCGAAGAUGAAAGCCAAGUUAAUCUCCAUACACAAACUUUCAGUUCCAAUUCUGCAUUUACAGAUAGCUAUUGUUCUGUAAGCUUGAGUAAUAAGAGUUUAGCCAGUAAAAGUGAUCAGCCUCUUGAUGUGCAGUGUAAUCAAAGCAAAGAUGAAAGCCAAGCUAAUCUCCAUACACAAACUUUCAGUUCUAAUUCUGCAUUUACAGAUAGCCAUUUUUCUGUAAGCUUGAGUAAUAAGAAUAUAAUGAGUAAAGAUGAUCAGCCUCUUGAUGUGCCUAGUAAUCAAAACAAAAAUAAAAGCCAAAUUAAUCUCUAUGCACAAACUUUCAGUUCUAAUUCUGCAUUUACAGAUAGCUAUUGUUCUGUAAGCCUCAGUAAUAAGAAUUUAGUUUAUCCUAGUGGAGCAUUACAAAAACAUUCUCCGCCAUCUCUGACAACAGAAUCUUUCAAAUCGCUUUCGCAAGGUUCUUGUUAUCGUUCAUUAUCAUCAAAUUUCAGUGAAUUAGAUAAUCUUGUGGAUUCAACAAGCAUUAUUGAAACCAAUUUAAAACAGAAUGUUAAUUUGCCAGAAAAUGAAUCUCAUCUUCAGAGCAAUUUGCAUACGAAAGAUGUAGGUUUUGAACUGUCAAUUCCGUCCCUUUCUAUUACUGUUCCUUCUAAUAUUUCUGCAACUUUAACUCAUGUCAUAGAUCCUGGAAAUUUUUGGAUGCAAUUAGAGAAUUCUCAUAGCUUUGAAUUUGAUUUUCCAGUGUCAAAAUAUGUACAUGAAAAACAUCCUACCAGUGCAAAAAAAGGUUCAUUUUAUCUCGCUCCUUUCAAAAUGACAUCCUUUUAUUAUCGAGCAGAAGCUUUAAAUAGCGCAAAUUCAGAAGAGGAAGGUGUGAAAGUUUUUUUUAUAGACCAUGGAUCUACUCAGAAUGUGCUCCUGCAAGAUCUCCGUUUGCUGCCUUGGCCUGCCUACGAUAUUCCAAAACAAGCUAUUCACUGCUACCUCUAUGGGAUUUUACCGAUUAAAUUAUUUUGGCCAUCUGAAUCCAUUCAGAAGAUGAAGGAGUUUCAGAACUUUUUCAUUGAAACUAUUGUCAAAUUGCGGAAUGGUGAUAAAUAUGGUGUUCAGUUGACUGCCAAAGUUGAAGCAGGGAUAGAUGAGGAAUAUUCAGCUGAUAUAGCCCAAUUACUGUGCUUGGAUGGGCUUGCUAUCCAAAAUGAACAAAUUCCAGAAUCAAACCAAGUGGCCAAGUGUAAUAAAGUUGAAGAUGAGGCAUCAAGGGAAGAACCUAAUUGCCAUUCAAAUGAUGCUACAUUUUGUAGCACUGACAACCGAAUUAGUUGCGAUUCAGGUGUCAGUGUUACAUCUUUCUACAGGCAUAGUUCUAUAAGUGCUGAUGUUGACUUUAGCUGUGAUUCUCUUAAUAAUUGUAGCAAUAGCCGUCCUAAUGUCCUGCUACCAACUUCAAUCAAGGAAACUGAAGUGAAUCAAAAGAACCAAUUACAUUCUUUAGUGCAAAGUGACCAAGGCCAGACGAUUGAUCUAAUAUCUUUUGAGAGCAUUGAAGGGAGGCUUGAUGGAUCUCUGAGCAAAACUGAAAGUUCAAACUGCAUCACAGUUGAUAAUAAUGCACUCGACGAUAAUAAUGCAUUGGAUAUAACUAUACCUUUUCCUUCAAUUACUUUUGUUGAGAAGGGAAUGAUGUUAGUAAUGUUAUCAGACAUUGUUACACCAUCUGAAUUUUAUGUAAAUAUGGCCAUGGAGAAUAUUAUAAAUUUAGAUGACCUUCGUGAGCAGAUGACAACUACGUAUUCAUUAGAAAUUCAUUCAUCACUUGCCCUUGAGGACCUUCGAGAAAAUAUGUUUUGUGCUGCACAUUUCGAUAAAGAUAUGAAUUGGUAUCGAGUGAAAAUUUUGAGUAUAUUGUCAGUGACUGAUGGCAUUGCACUCAUCCAAUAUGUAGAUUAUGGGAAUAAGGCAAUCAUGAAAUGUCAGAGCUUACGUCCUUUGAAACCUGAAUUUGCCAAACACCCAUCUUUUGCUAUCAAAUGUUCAUUAGCAGGAGUUACCCCUCCUAAUACUAAAGACAUACAGUCAGCUGGCUCUUGGAAUGAGGCUGCUGUGAGUGAAUUUAAAAAAUUAACAAGUUAUGAAAGAUGUCUUACAGCCCAGAUCUGUGAGGAAGUCUUCAAUUUAGAAAGUGAACCUCUUCAAGUACUGCUGUGGGAUACAGAAGGAACUGAAGAUGUGCUCAUCAACAGUGCUUUAGCUGUAAGUGGUGUAGCUGAAUUUGAUAGCAGUAUAUUGACCAGAAUUUUUCCUGAAGUAAAAUCUAAAGAAGGAAUAAAUGAUCUGGAUUCUUGGGAUCCUUUGUCUGAAGAAUAUAAUGACAUAGAAAAUAGUUAUGGUGUCGAUAUGGAUGAUCUGGAAGUAGCUAUAUCAGGACAAAAAUUUAAUGAUGACAGCUAUACAUGCAAAUAUUUUUCUUUACGAGGACAUUGUCCACGAGGUAAUAACUGCCCAUAUUUACAUGUCCCAGUGGCAGAGACUGGAAUUACAAGAGAUUUAGAAGAAGUUUAUUCCUUGGAUACUAUGCCUCUGAUCCCUGAAAAUGUCUGCUAUCUUUUUGUGGAGGUUUCUAGUGUUGUUAGUCCAUCACAGUUUCAUGUUAUUUUACCAUUUGGAUCUAAAAGUGUUCAUGAAAUAGAUUCCCUACUGAAAAGAG